AUGGCGCCACACAUUCCACCAGCCUUCGAGGCCCUACCUGUCGAGGUCCACGGCGAUAUCCUUCGGCAGAUGGCAUCCCCUGAAGACGUCUAUUCCACGAUCAAAGCCAGUCCAAAAGCCUUGAGCAGUUUCUUGUGGUCGAGAGAAGCAAUCCUCAUCGAAGUUCUCGAGACCAAUCUGCCAGCUGAGAUCUUCGUAGAGUUUCUUGGCCUGCUUCACAUUCCUCAGUACGAGAAUUUCAAUCAUGUUCCCAAUCGGAGUGAUUACGAGGAUAGAACUCGUUACAUCGAUACGGACUACGGUCGUUUCGCUUGGGAAGCCUGCAGAUACGAAGCCUGGCCCGGUAUUGCCGGCAGCUUUUUGCAAGCUCACUUUGGACAUGUCAAUGGAGCCAAAUCGAGCGGUGUUCAGAGACAUUAUAGCACACCAAGCCCAGCCGACAAGCGCGAAAUCAACUACAUUGUGUCAAUGUACGGAACACUAAAACGGUUCAUUCAGGACUACCAGUCGUUCGUUCGAAGCAUCCUAGCCGGUGUACCCCCUCCUCUCUCAGACCUAGACCCGUCAUUUCGGCGAGAGGAAGCCCUCGAACCCAAGCACUGGCCCCCUCUUAGUCCGAACGAAACACUUCGCCUGCAGCGGGGGUUUCUUCGGUAUGAACUCUGCUGCCGCCUCAACGGUAUCCCAGCUUGGGACACGCGUCUCAGGCAAUGGACUACGGAUGCCUCCGAAGGGCCCUUUGACUCACUGUCGGGCUUUCUUCAGCGUUGGGAAGAAGAGGAGAUCCGGUCUGUCUGGACCUAUGUCCACCGACAGUACCAGGUUCUUGUUCGCGAAGUAAUGACCGAGUUUCGCUGCGAUGUUAGGCGCCUCAGCAGGAAGGCCCGAAAUUCGCCUGAGAACGAGGUGGUUCUCCUGCGAAACAUGUCCUUCGAAUUGGACAUUGAUUACUUUGGACGGUGGACAUAUUCCAUGUCCUGCCUCGGUCUUCCCCUUCUACAGCAGCUCCUUAGGUCUGAGUUCGACGAUCAACGGCGAUUUGUCAGGAAUACCACCUGUGAACUGGUUGUAGAUUUUGAGGGAGCAUUGUUCCUGUCCAAGUACAACGACGUGACAAUGGAAUCGUUCCCUCAGCCAAUGAGAAUCAAUCUUCCGACAACUACCGGUGCAAAUCCGAUAUAUGAACGCAUCACCUACGGCUUGACAACCUGGUGUCCUACCAAUCUGGGGCGGCGCCGCGAGAGACUUGAAAAGGCGGAAACAAGGCUCAAGGAGCUCGGCUGGGUAUUUUGGGAAGACAAAGUCAGGCUGAAGAAUCUCCGACUGCUUGACGUCGAGCGUCUCGUCAACCAUACUACACAGAUCGUAUUCGAAGCCGAGCGGAGCUACCCGGAGGAGGGAAUGUAUGUCACCAAAGAGGACCGCGACGGGGAGUUGUCAGCCAAGUAUGCAGUCUUCGCAACUGGUGAGGAGAGCAGGGAGUGCUAUUUCUUUGAUCGCCUCAGGGUUAUCAGCAACUGGUCAUCCAAGGAGAUUUCACCGGAAUUUCAAGAGCUCUGCUCAGUGGAAGGUCCAGAUGAGUAA